AUGGAUGCCCCAUCUUCCUCCACUUUCUUUACCUCUUCCGGCGUACCCCAAACCCUUAUCUCAGUCUCCCAAGAAGAGUUUGCCCUUUUUCACAACAUUGACCGCAAGCUCUUCUCUCGCCUCAUCUUUCCCCUUGGCCGUGAUCCGGCUGAGUCUGCCCAGAUCAUGGCCUUGUGGAUGUGGCUUGAACACGCGGCUAAGGAGUACAACUUUGUGCACAAAUUAUGUGUCACUUUACCCGACACCAUUCUUAAUGGCAUUGCAGAUGAGUCUGUCGUGGCCUUGAACUGCAUUCAACAAGACGACUUCCAUGUUGACAUCACCAACCGCAACCAAGACAUUCCCUUAUUCAAUGCCUUAACCAAAAGUUGCGUCACCCUCGAAUUCUUCCACCAAAAUCGCCUCGGCAUCAUUCGGGGCAUCACCAAGUUGUUCAAUGAGGUUUGCAUAAAAGCCUUUGACAAUUUGUUCCCUAAACCACAACCAAACCGGGCUGAACAAAUGAUGUUGAAUGCCGACAUGUUUCGUCCUUACAAUCCAUCAUUUCACAAUGCUGCAGUUGCUGCCUAUGACAUGGUCGGGGUAUCAAACAUAGGACUUUUUCCAAAUCAAAGAAUGUAUGGUGGGGAUGUGAAUAAUAAUCCACCAUUUUUUGGGCCUUAUCAGCAUAUUCAUCUUUUGGCCAGGGCUGCAACGAGGGGGGAUGCUGCCCUAGACUACCUGCGUGGUGUUUUUGAUCCCUAUGAUCUUGCUGCUCAACGCCAUAUUUUGAAUGAGGAGAUGGGGGACGUUUUGAGCCAUUUGAAUCUAAAUGAUGAUCAGCAGGAGGUAGAGGAUGUGUCUGCUGAUGAGAGGACUAUUUUCUUGACAUUUUCUAAGGGCUAUCCCAUUUCUGAAGUUGAAGUCAGAGAGUUCUUCUCUAGGAAAUUUGGAGACUUUAUUGAUGAUGUUUUUAUGCAAGAAGUGCCUACUGAGGAGCAACCAUUGUAUGCUCGUCUUGUGGUUCGGUCUACUUCCUCCAUUCCAAUUGUUCUUGACGGGAAAAAUAAGGCCAAAUUCUCCAUCAAUGGGAAACAUGUUUGGGCAAGGAAAUAUGUGCGUAAAUCAAAAUCACCAGGAGAACCAAGUUCACCUGUAACUUCAGUUUAA